UUGCCCACAGCCCAAUCCUAUGGAGACAUUUUUUUCAAUUGAAGUUCCGUCUGUUCAGGUGACUCUAUCAUGACAGGUUGACGUAAAACUAGACAAUGCAAAGUCAUUGCACCACUAUGCUUUAAUUACGUAUUCUGAUUAUAUGAUGGCAGCAUAAUAGAAAAGACCUCACAGUCUAGAAAGCAAAAUUGCCAAAUAAAAGGUUUAUUAGAGGUGUCACUUAAACAGCUAGUACAUUUCUGCACAGUAAGUUUCUCCUUCUCUUUUCAAUAGAAGUGAAUCCACACAAUUUUCUUCAUUGUUCUAAGAAAGACAGACAGAGAAUGCAGCCUAUUAACUCGGGCACAAUAGCUAAUUAGCAUGAGAUAUCCUGUCCUGGCAACUUCUUUAGCAAGGAGGAGGUGAAGAUCAGAGGUUUCUCUUCUUUCUUUCUCUAAAGGAGCUUCUGAUCUCAGCGAGAUGGAUCCCUGUACUUUAUAUAUAUUUUUGGUAAGAGAAGUAAGUUUACUGUACACAAUGGGGUGAACAUUUAAGGUUACAACUGAAAUCACACCCUUGCACUGGACAUUCACAUAGCUGAGUGAGAAAAGAAAAUAUUUCCAUAGAUAAAACAUUAGAAAUUCUUUGAAGUCUUCUAACCAAGUCAAAAUCAUAGUGUCUUAAAGUUAGAAUCUCCCACACAAUGUAAAACCUUCAUGUGGCCCCCUGUAUAUGAAGCACUUGCUUCUUUGACAAGUAGUUUCUUCCAUUUGAUUCAGAUUUCAUUCCUCAUGGUGACAUCAUUUUUCUAAAAUUAUAUACAGCCUUUGGUCCCACUUCUAAUUUCAUCAGAUAGGCCAUGAAAUUUUUCCACAUACUCUAUAGACUGCCUAUUAAAAUAUAAGGAGUCAGCCCUACAGUCCAAAACAUGGUCUGCAUUACACAUCACAUGGUUCUUCAGAAGACUUAUUACAGAAGGCCAAGUUUCCUGAUGCUCCAUUGCGUAUAGGUCACCUCCUUGUGAAGGUUUUUGUCAAAUGGCAUCUGUCUUUCAAAGCAGCCCAGUGUAUGGUGAGCUGUUAGCACAGUGUGGUAUCUGCACUAACACUUCCAUUACACUGUCUUCGAUGUUGAUUCGCUUUGUUACAUGUUUCUGUCUGUACAUUAUGCUGUUCUCUGUACACGGGCAUCCCUGCCAUGUCUGAGAGUCUGCUGUUGGCACCAUUUGUCUAGCACUUGGGAGGCAUGAGAUUUACAAACACUUUACCGAUGUGUAAACCACUGAAAGUCAACAUGUGAGCAAGUCCAGCUAAAAACACUUCUGGGGAGCUGGGGGAUGCAGCUUAGUUGGUAGCCGAGCGUGCCUGAAACCCUGCGUAUAGUCCUCAGCACUGCCAUAAAAUCAGAUGUGCCUGUAAUCCCAUCACUCAUGAGGUGGAGACGCUGAGAGAAAAUGUCUAAGAUCAUCUUGAGCUAAAAAGUGAGUUGAAGGCCAGCCACAUGAAAAAGACCAUGUCUCUAAAACACUGUAGCUGGACUUUAAAUGUUUGAAAUGGUUGGUACUGACUGUGGGAAUCUUUUUAAAGGUUAUAAUUUUAUAAAAGAUUAAAAUCUGUUUAUUUUCUUCUGUGCCUUAAUUUUAGAAAUCCGUAAGACAGAAUUUCUUACGGAAGGCCUUCAAUAAACUUAAUAACGUAACUGGCCUCUUUUGUUGACAGAGUAUUCAGUUCAAGGGAAUGAAGAACUGAGAAUUAUUUUUGGUGAAUGGAUUCAAAUAAAUGGAAUAAGAGACAGCUGAAGAUCUGAUCCAUUUCGAAGAACCCUAACAGUCCAUUUGUCUAAUCCAUAACAACAAAACGUAAAAAAUGAAUUCAACUCUGUUCUCCAGGGUUGAAAAUUACUCAGUUCACUAUAAUGCCUCAGAGAAUUCUCCAUUUCUGGCCUUUGAGAAUGAUGACUGCCACCUGCCCUUGGCUGUGAUAUUCACCUUGGCUCUUGCUUACGGGGCUGUGAUUAUACUUGGGGUCUCUGGAAACCUGGCAUUGAUCAUAAUCAUCCUAAAACAGAAAGAGAUGAGGAAUGUCACCAACAUUCUGAUCGUGAACCUCUCCUUCUCAGACUUGCUGGUCGCAGUCAUGUGUCUCCCGUUCACCUUUGUGUACACACUGAUGGACCACUGGGUCUUCGGGGAGACCAUGUGCAAACUGAAUCCUUUUGUGCAAUGCGUCUCCAUUACAGUAUCCAUUUUCUCUCUGGUUCUCAUCGCUGUGGAACGUCAUCAGCUAAUCAUCAACCCAAGAGGGUGGAGACCAAACAAUAGACAUGCUUACAUAGGCAUUACUGUCAUUUGGGUCCUGGCGGUGGCUUCUUCUCUGCCCUUCGUGAUCUAUCAAAUUCUGACUGAUGAGCCCUUCCAAAAUGUAUCACUUGCGGCGUUCAAGGACAAGUAUGUAUGUUUUGACAAAUUCCCGUCAGACUCUCACAGGCUGUCUUACACGACUCUCCUUCUGGUGCUGCAGUAUUUUGGCCCACUCUGCUUCAUAUUCAUAUGCUACUUCAAGAUUUACAUUCGCUUGAAAAGGAGAAACAACAUGAUGGACAAGAUCAGGGACAGUAAGUACAGGUCCAGUGAGACCAAGCGAAUCAACGUCAUGCUGCUCUCCAUCGUGGUCGCCUUCGCGGUCUGCUGGCUGCCCCUUACCAUCUUCAACACUGUGUUCGACUGGAAUCACCAGAUCAUUGCCACCUGCAACCACAAUCUGCUGUUCCUGCUCUGCCACCUCACGGCCAUGAUCUCCACCUGCGUCAACCCCAUCUUUUAUGGAUUCCUGAACAAAAAUUUCCAGAGAGACUUGCAGUUCUUCUUCAACUUUUGUGACUUCCGGUCUCGAGACGACGACUACGAGACUAUAGCCAUGUCUACCAUGCAUACGGACGUGUCCAAGACUUCUUUGAAGCAGGCAAGCCCGGUUGCAUUUAAAAAAAUCAGUAUGAAUGACAAUGAAAAAAUCUGAAGCUGCUCAGAACAUACGGUCCCAGGCUACAUCUGUGGAAAAACAAGCACAGCCUGUCACAUGCUUUCGUUACCUGUGCUCCCAGGGAAUGGAUUGAGGCAGGUUUGGAAAGUCCAGUGUUGGGUUUUACUGCUUUUGUAAUGGUUGCCAUGAUGACUUGGCAAUCUAGAUUACUUUGUAAUCUAUCCGGCAACAGUUUUGACCAGACUUUGUGUGUGUGUGUGUGUGUGUGUGUGUGUGUGUGUGUGUGUGUGUGUGUGUGUGUGUCUGUCUGUCUGUCUGUCUGUCUGUCUGUGGGUAUGUGUGUGAAAUUAUCCAUGACAAGGAGUUUUCUAUUGUAUUUAUUGGAGUGAAUUUGUCUGAAGUAAUGUCAUGAGCUCACUUCAAAAGCAGUACCUACCUGACAUUCUCAAGAUAAUUAGAUUUUCAAGAUCAGAUGAGAUUUCCAAGACCCUGGACUACCUUCAUUCCAUGCUAGGCAUUGUGUUAGUCUGUUACAAGGGUGACAGUAUACAAAAGUCACCUUUUAGGAUGUGCCGGAGCCAAAAGAGAGUCUGAAGUCAUUUGGCAGUAUCUUCUCUCUCU